AUGGUCACCACAGAUGAAGGAUGUAGAAGUCUCUAUGUGGGCAACCUUGAUCCAAGAGUAACAGACAGCAUGCUUCAUGAGAUCUUUGGGGUGGCGGGAUCUGUAAACAAUACGAAAAUUAUUCCUGAUAAAAAUUACCAACAUGGAGGGUUAAAUUACGGUUUUGUUGAAUUUAAUGACCAUCGUUCUGCUGAACAAGCUCUCCAGACCCUUAAUGGUAGAAAAAUAUACAAUAUGGAAAUUAAAGUGAAUUGGGCUUUUCAAGGACAACAAGGUCAUAAAGAAGACACAUCAAAUCAUUACCACAUCUUUGUUGGUGAUUUGAGUCCUGAAGUUAACGACGAAGUACUUGCCAAAGCUUUUAGUGCAUUUGGAAGCAUGUCAGAUGCUCGUGUUAUGUGGGAUGUAAACUCGGGAAAAUCUCGGGGGUAUGGAUUUGUAGCUUUCCGUGAUAAAACCGACGCUGAACAAGCUAUUGCAACGAUGAAUGGUCAACCGGGUCCAGGGAGCGCAACAUCAGAACGACAAGGGACACCCACGUCAGCACCUCAAUUAUCGUAUGAGAUCGUCGUUGCGCAAACUCCACAUUACAACAGUACGGUAUAUGUCGGUAACUUGCCACCUUAUACUACACAGGAACAUUUGAUGCCAUAUUUCCAAAACUUUGGAUACAUUAUUGAAGUUCGCAUGCAAGCAGAUCGUGGGUUUGCAUUCGUAAAACUCGAUACACAUGAAAACGCGGCCAAUGCAAUUGUAAAUCUUCAAAAUGCAAGUGUUAAUGGUAGAGUCAUUAAGUGUUCUUGGGGGAAAGAUAGAGCUCCGGAACAGUCGACUGCUGCUACCUAUCAUGCGUAUAGUGUUCCAGGUACGACCUAUAACUAUCCAUAUGGAUAUUAUGGCAAUCAUACUGCUCAUCAUUAUGCAACUCCAGGUACAGAAGCUGGUUAUGAUCUUCCUCCUGGUAUGUCCGCUCCACCACAAUCUUUGGCAUCUAUUGAUGGGGCAACUGCUGCCGCAGUAGUCGCAGGUCAGCAACAUACGGCUGGUUGGGAGCAAUAUUAUAAUAAUGGUGGUUACGCUGAAGCAUAUGGACAAUAUUAUCCGUAUGGGUAUGGUACUCAAGCUGCCGGUACAGGAGCUCCUGGUGCCCCCGGAAUGGCGGCUCCAAAUUCCCCACAUGCGGUUCCUGGUGGUCAUCCACCUUCAGUAGGCGGUCACGGACCAUCAAGUGGAAGUGCUUAUAAUGGAUAA